AUGAACGCAAGAGGGAGGGAUAUCAUAGACCUCUCUCUCAUUCACGAUCUUCAGGUGUGCAAUGUGGGCAAUACACCCACAUUCGAAACUAUCACUCACGGCCACGCGCGCUCCUCCAUAAUCGACAUCACACUUGUCUCGUCACUAAUCUACGGACAAGUAUCAGACUGGAAGGUGAACCUGGACGCUUGUCCCUCAUCGCAACACAACGCAAUCGACUACACAUAUACACACUCGCAUUCUCAAAACAAAUCACAGACUUCUCAACAUCUCAACACAACCACCUUCCUUUACAAAAAUAACAAAGCAAAUUGGCGCCUCUUCAAGGAGUCAAUUCUCACACAAUUCACGAGCAGUGACACAUCUGAAUUAGACAUCCAAGCACUGGACACUGGACAACUUGAGUCUCUUAUCGACACCAUCACCGAAUGUAUACACACCGCCUGCAGAGACUCCAUGCCCGUCAGAUCGACCGGAGCGAAAUGCAAACCUCCUUGGUGGACAGAGACCUUAGAGCACAAGCAGCUACACACCCUCAGAGAGCGAUACGCCGCCGCACUUAAAGCGGAGUCAACUUCCCACUUCAAGGAAUUCUGUGAACUCCAAACGAAGGAGAAUGUCUGGUCUCUGACCAACAGACUUCUCAGGGAAUCGGCUCCACGACGCCCAGCAGUCACGCUUAAGGUCGGCGACCGCUACACCACAGAUACAGCCGAAACCGCCAAAGCCCUACUUGACCAUUUCUACCCUGACGACUCGACAGACACGAACGUGAGACAUGACCUACGGGCUCACAUGAGGGAACUUCCUGAGACUCCGGAUGAACCCCCUUUUACUGAGGGGGAGAUUCUGGAGGCACUCAAGGGAAUGCACCCGAAAAGAGCACCCUACUCGCGGGUAGGAGGUGCGCUAUGUACUUGA